GCCGAAUACGCCUCUCGUUUCCCAGAAAGCGUUGGCAACUUUGUCCUCGACGCCGUUCUCUCGCACGCAACGGUCGAUCAAAUCGCCGUCGCUGAUCAGAUCACGGCGGUCAACCGUCUUGUUCUUCGCGCGGACGAUUUCUGCCAAUCCGAUCCGUCUUGCCCUUUCAAGGAUCAGGGCAACGGCAGCGUCCCCGAGGCAUUCACCAAGGUCAUCCAGAUGGCCGAGAACGGUUCGUUCAGCGAUCUCAACGUCACCGCGACGCUGGCCAAGUUCGCGUUGUACUACACGGUCAACUCUUCUCCGGACUUCCCCAAGUUCAACCUGGCGCUCUCGCAAGCAUUGAACGGCAACGCGACGCUUCUGGUACCUGAUCCGGUGAUCAUGCUGGAGAUUGUGAACGUGUUACCGAUCAUCUGCGCGGACGAGGCUGGCGACGACAAUACCGUGGACGGCCUGAGGAAGUUGAACCAGAGCGCUUCUGCGGUCGACACGCUCGGUUUCCAAUACUCGCAGUUCUGGCAGCUACGCCUUAUGUGCACAGCCUGGCCGUUCCCCGCUAGACCAAAGAAGACCCUCAAAGUCCAGACUCCCAUGUUGUUCGUCACCGCGGAUUACGAUCUGAACACACCUACGGAGCUCGCAACCCUUCAGUGGCAGGAUCAAUCCCCGCAAUCGACUCUCGUAGUCCGUCACGGAGACGAUCACGGCACGACAAUGCUUGUGGGGCAGCCCGCUAGCCAGGACGCGAUUACCUUCCUCGCAACGGGCACAAUCCCCCAGCCGACAGAGCAGCAACUCGUCAGCGUUUACGCUCCUGGCUCGCAGCGUCCGCCGGUCACCCCCCCUUAUGUCGCACCGAUCGGGAAGGAUGCCGGAGACUUAUCGAUAGUAGAGUCCAUAUCUUUUUGA